AAUUAUAAAUUACAAAUUCCUCACCUUACAAUUAAUUUUUUUUUUAUUUAUUAUCAUCGAUCUUUUUUAGGAAGCUUCAAUUUUGGCUAUCAAAUAGCAAUAGUUAAUCCUCUCUCUCAGCUUUUACAGGAUUUCAUUCAUAAUUCUAAUUAUAACUUGGAGUUCACCAAAAUUGAAGCGAAAGAAUUGUGGUCCGCUAUCGCUAGCUUAAUUUUUUUUGGUGCCAUUGUUGGUGCUGGGAUAGCUCCUCGAUUCAUAAAUUUUAUUGGCUGCAAACGACUUUUUACCAUAAUUUCAGUGGUAAUUCUCUCGCUUGCUGGUGUUGUUACCAAUAUAGGUUUCGUGAUUGCUUCUGUGCUUGGCUUACCUGAAAUUUUUGGUACUUCAACUCUUUGGCAUUAUGCUUAUGGCAUUGAAAUCAUUCCAUGCGUUCUUUCGUUGGUUUAUUCAUUAUUUGUACUUCGAGAAAGUCCAAAAUUUUAUUUGGUGCGUAAUGAUAUGGAAUCAGCUCUGCAAUCCAUCAAUUAUUACUAUGAAUACAAAAAUAAUAUUAUUGCUAUCACUGUGGCCGAAAAAAUUAGGAAUGGAAUAAAUUCACAUGUUAGAGAUGCGAACUGGUCAUUUAUAAUUACUGACAGGCCUACUCGUCGAGGGCUUAUGCUCUCUUUUAUUCUUAACGUUACGGUUAGCUUUAGUGGUAUUAUUGCUAUUUCAUUUUUUGGUACAUCUUUACUUAACGCAGUUGGUUUCUCGCAGGAUAGGGCAGCUCUCACGAAUUGUUUAAUUUCUCUCUUUGGUACUGUUGCUUGCAUUUUAAACACAUUUACUGUUGAUAAAAUUGGCCGUCGUUUGCUGGUAAUUGGCAGUUUAAUAAGCUUGGUUGUAAUGAAUCUUGGGAUGAUGAUCAUAGUUUUGGUUUUUUUGAAAUUUGGUAUUUACUGGCUUGGUUAUGUCUUCAUCGCAUUUCUUAUCGUUUUCGUUUUCGUUUUCAGGUAA